GACAUUGAGCGAGGGAGUGGAGUGAAAAAAAAAAGAAAAAGAAGGGGCAGGCGGCAGGUGGUUUCGAUUGCGUGACGCCUCAGUCAUUUUGAUGGUCUGGCGUGGUUGAGAUUUCUGUUCGAGUUCAGCAAACGGCGGCACACAGUCUCAAUUCUGAACUCAACAAACACGACCUCUCAAGACUAGGUUGCAGAAAUCAAUAAUCAAUUAAAUAUCAAUUUUCAUUGCCAAUGAUAUGACAUUAUUUCUAUUGUCUAUUGCUCUUUUCAGAUUGCAAUGUUUCUGGCCACCGAUGAAGGCAAAUAUUUGACAAGAAUCUUUGCCUUCCUACUCUCCCUCUCGACGAGGUGAUUUGCGGUGACGACGGACUAAUCUGGGAAUUCGAAACUCUAUAAAGGAAGAUCACAUCUACUGGAUCUCGAUUCCGCCGGAACUCUGUAAAGUGGAGUCCCACCAGUCUCAAGGUUAGACCACUGCUUAUGUUACUAAACCAAGAACACCAGAUCUGUAUCUCAAAGUCCUUUAUCUUUUUCAGCGUCUGGUGUUUCUUGUAAUGGAUUUAUUUUGAAUCUUGCGGUCUGGCCUAUAAAAAGCUGACAAUCGUAAAGUUUGCCUGCGUCGAAGUUAGGUGAUCAAUCAAAUUGGGGAGGUAAGCUGGAAAGUUUGGAUAAUCUGUGGAAACGGUCCAUUACUGAUCUGCUGAUGUUUGUUCUGGAGUCAUCUGGGGGAACUUUGACGAUUUAUGGGCGCGCAAGGGCAUAACUUUUCGCAGCCCCCCGAGCAAGUAGACCAUCCUUGAGGAGUAAAUUCUAGGGUUUUGUGUGAUAACUAUCUUCCAGAAACAUGCUUGCUAGACAUCGAGGUAGUCCUGGAAAUGGGUAUAGGUCUAAUCCUGUGGGUGUGGGUUUGGCCGUAUCUCGGAUCUCACCAGAAGGUUCUGUUAGAGGCCACGGACCGUAUAACUCGGAGUACCGAAACUUCCAUCGUGGUUUAAGCCGUGCCCAGUCAAAACCCUAUCAGCUGCCCCAGCCACCACGCAGAGGUGAUGUUUUUAUGGAGGCUGGCCGACUUGCUGCUGAAUAUUUGGUUUCUCAGGGCUUGCUGUCUGCUAAUGCAUUAUCAUCCUUGAAGUGGCAAAAUGGUACUCUGAAGAAGAAUGUUGUAGAUUUCCAGGAAUUUAAGCCACAAGAGGGACAUAACUCACUUAUUUCUCAGGAAGGCCGAACUUCGGCCCUUGCUCGCCUUGGUAAUGUUGUUCCUGAUGUUGCUUCUGGUAGGAGAAGGUUCCCUGAUGAAUAUAACCAAGCAGGAUCUCGAAAUCAUGUCAAAGGAAGGAGAAAGUUGGGAUCCUUCCGGAGUUCUAGCUCAAAUUGGGGCCGAGAUAAUGGAAGGUCUGGCUCGUGGUUGGAUAAAGCUAGGGCUUCCACAGAGAUGGAAGGUAUCAAUGACUGUUCUUCUAGAUAUCAGGAGCAGCAGCUGGCUGGUAAAGAUGUUAGUGGUGAGGUGUGGAAGUACUGCACUGAUGAAUUAGGGCCUAAAAAUGAUGACGUGGGUGACUCGGAAUCUGAGUUGGAGAAAUGUCAGUUCCCAGACAAUAUGAGCUCAUUGGUUUCUUCUGGUGUUGGCAAAGAUCUUCCACUUGGGACAAAUGUGGAUCUCUUGAAGAUGCCUGAUGAAUCAGGAUCUUUAAAUACAGCAGCUGGUGAGGUGAAAGGUAGCUCUAUUAAUAAUGAGAUGGAGAAAAAUAGCGCUGCAGAGGACCUAGGCAUACAGAAUUGUGCAGUGGAGGGUGACCAUGACCAUGAAAACAGAAAUAAUACUGAUUUACUAAGAUUGUGCAGAUUUGCCAAGGUGCCUACCAGAACUCGUUCUUCAUUGACACACAAAGGCUCUAAGGUUGAUCCGCUUCCUAUUACUAUUGAGGAAAACAAUCCUAUUGUUAAACCUCCCAAAGGAUCUGGAAUAUCUACUGAUGAUGAUUCUUUUGAUGGCUCCUCAGCUGAUCCAUUCUCAAAUGCAGCAGAAAAUCCUAAAUGCCUAAGCUCUGACAUUCCUAGAACACAGUCCAUCCAGUCCGCGGAGGAGAUUGGAGAAGUGGGUCCUACAAUUUCUGUUGAGCAGAACAAAUGCUUAAAAUCUCAUUCUUUUCCAGAUGAUGGUCUCCUGCAUGAGCAACAAGCAGUUCAGGGACCACCUGGGUUUCACACAUCCACCUUGAUGGUUAAGGAAAGAGGGGAAAAACGUGCUGCACACCACAAUGAUGCAAGGGAAGAAACCAAGAAACCGAGGGAGUGGCUUUCUCCUGUAGUUAGUCAAAGUAAUGAAUACUUCAACAUCUCUAACUCAAGGGAAAAAGAACCAAGUUUACAAGAUGUGAGAGCUUCACCUGGUGAUGAGUUGAUUGUGGCCACUGAUCGUGAUGCUUCAGUGAAUAUUUCUCUGUUUCCCAAAGGUGGCAAUGAACCAUGCAUUGAAUAUGCAGAAGAGAAGCAGCUUUUCCCAAGUUCAUUUAAGAUAUGUGACCUUAAUCUCAUUGAAGCUCCAGAUUUGAAUGAAAAUCAUGAUCGAGAUCCUAUGCUUAUGUAUCCUCAGGAAACCAAAAAAGAAGCUGGUCCUGUUGAUAUUGAUUUGUCAAUGAGUAAUAACUGCGACAUAUCUGAAGAAUAUGGCAGACAUGCAGCUGAUGGAAAAGAGAUUGAAGUAAUUGAUUUGGAAAAUGAUUCUGUACAAGAAGAUGUGACCUUCAAUAAUUCAGACAGACAGACGGAAACUGUGUUUACUUCCUUGGAAGGGCUUUCUAGUAAUCCGCAGAAUUCCAGUGAUAUUCAUGAUGUUCAGGAUGGAUAUGGGCUUAUGAUAUCAGAGUUGCUUGGGCCUGAGAUCACUAAUUGUUCUUCAGUACCAACGGGCAUUAAUUCUCUGCAUAAUGAGAUGGGCCUUCAUAACGAAGAGUUACCUGUACCGUCACAAACUAUGGGGAUUUUGGGAGAUGAUGAUCCGAUAUAUAUGUCUUUGGGAGAAAUACCAAUAAGCUUUUUGCGGGUCUGGGAGCAGCAAACACAGGAAUAUGAGAAGCCCUUUUGGACCAUAAUCUAGUGCAGCUGUUGUUAAGUCACUCAUGACAAUUGUGAUUCGGUAUGUUUGGUAUUAGUUAUUGGGGCUUUUUUUUUUCCUUGUGAUUGCCUUUAGCCUUUUAUAAAGGCAACUAUGAUGUGGAUUUUUAGUCUAAAUUUCACUUGUUAAUGGAUUCAAGCUAGUGUGCUUCCUAUCA